CUCUGAGCUGCACCUUCACACCGAUCUGGAGUCACCAGAAACAUCCGGCGACGCAGAAUGAAAGUAAAAUUCAACUUUUAGAUGAAAUCACAAUGUGAGAGGUGCAGCUGGGGUCAGACGUGGAGAUUCUACCGCUGACAUACUGAGGAGAAGAGUUGUUUUUUAUUUAGAUUUUUUGGUUUGCAUUCAGUUUUACAGUUCAGACUUUAAAAUCUGAAGUUUGGCAUCCUGAUUCUGUGAAAGGAAAAACAAUCUAAGCAUACACCAGACCAACCGCAGCGAUUUAACGGCCGUUCUUGCUUUGAAGUCGCCUUCCUGCAAAAGGAGAAGAACAAUAAAUAGUGAGGCUGAGCAGAGUCUCACCACGCUGAGGAGGAAAGGGGAAGAGGACAUUAUGACUGAGCGCUUAUAGAUGUCUGAGCUUUUAUAACUGAAGAAAACAUGAAGACGAGCCUGGCUGGGCUUCUCAUUUUCAUUCAGCUCUGUGAAGCCGGUGCAGAGUUGGUGUUUGAGCGUCUGAUGGAGGGCCAGACUCUGGUCCUGUUCUGCUCCCCUCAGAAGGACCACGGCAGCCCGUCAGGCCUCCACCUUUACCACCGCAGGGCCCAGAGCCAGACCACGCUGCUGUCGCUGAGCGAGGCCGGGGAGGUCAGGGUGGACCCGGAGGUCAGGACUCGUCUGCAGCUCCGUGGAGGACUGGACGCCCUGAACGUGACCAUCUCUCAGGUCCAGCUGAGUGACACUGGACUGUACAUGUGGGAGCUGAGCUACCAGGAGAACAGCUCAGACCAGAGCAUCCUCAGCCCCCACAAGGUCUUCCUGUUGGUUGAAGGGAGGUCGUGUCGGUGCUCUCAGAGUUACCCUCCUCUGCUCUGGACCAUCUUCACAGCAGCAGGACUUCUUCUGGUGAUGCUCAGCACGCUGGCCAUCGACAAAUGUGUGAAGACGAGGCCUCGACACCGACCGCAGCCUCAUGUUCCGAUCUACGAGGAAAUGAGCUGGAAGCAGCAGAGCCCUGGAAGCCCCCCGAGCAGCCAGGAAGCCCCCUCACAUCUGGAGGAAGUCAGCUUCCCCGUCUACGCAAACCCCAACAUCCGACAGCCGCAGGACAACUACUACGCCUGCCCCAGACAGCUCGCCCUCAGAGCCUGAAGCGUCCGGUGACGUCACGUCCAGGAAAUAAUAGACCAAAAAAAACCCUAAAACAACAAAUUAGGGUCAUUCCAGAACUGGAGGACAUUUGUGCUUCAAAAUGCUUGAAAAAUAAACCUCAUUUUAUUUUAUUUUAUUUUUUUUUUACAGUUUUCUGCUCCUUUUCAUCAAUAAUAGGUAAUAAACUAUCAAAGGCUUGAUUUGUUCAGCUCACACAUCAAUGGAAGCAUUUUUAUUCUGCAUUAAAUCCACUUCUGGCAAAAAAAACCAAACAAAAACAAAAACCUGGAGUCCAGAGAGCAAAUACUGAGCAACAGUAACGUAAAUCUCCAACAUGCAUUUAAUACAGUAAAACUAGCUUCAUGUGAAAAUUAAUGUUUUACUCCUGACAGAAGUUAAGCAUCAUUCCAGAACUGGAGGACAUUUGGGCCUCAAACUUUUUGAAAAAUAAACCUUCUCUUUUA